CGUAGACUUUGUGUAGGUGUUGCGAAGGAUGUGCCAUGGUUGCGGCCUAGACGCGCCGCAUGUCGCAGAGCAGGGCUACCAAGCUUGAUCGUCACAAAGAUGAAGACCUGGUCUUGGGGCGUUACCGUUUGCUCCAUAAUGGCCUACUCGGAGAGGGUGGCUGGUGCAUGGUGCGCAGGGCUGUAGAUCUGACCGGGUGUGCUGUCGCUGUCAAAGCAUUCAAGCCUCAAGCUGAGAAGGAAGUGGGGCGAGAGGCCUUGCAGAAGCGCUUUCAAAGGGAGGUGAAGGCGUUUCAUGACAUUGGCAUUGGCCCGGGCAGCAAGGAAGGAGCACAAGAAAUUGAUCCACGCGGCUAUUUUGUGAACCUCUUGGACUUUUCCGGGUUUGACAGCAGUCCCCCUCCGUCUGUGAAUUGCCGAUGCUACACCGUUCUCGAGAUCGGCGAUCAAAGCUUAGAUGACUGGCUGCAGCGCGGCGCAGUCAGUCUCAGCGGCUUCUGCGAACUAGCCAAGGCUCUUUUCAAAGCACUGAAGUGGCUACAUGGGCUGGGAUUUAUACACAUGGACGUGAAGCCUGAGAACAUUAUGCGUUUUGGGACUCGUUGGAAGCUGAUUGACUUGGAUUGCUGCAUGUCUUGCAAUGACGAGAUGGUGACACCAGAAAACUUCACUCCUUUGUAUGCAAGCCCAGAGCUGGCCCGGGAAGUGCUGGACACACUGGAAAUGGACAAUCCUGCAACGAGAAAGCUGCGGCCGUGUCCUGCCAUGGAUAUCUGGGCCGCUGGCGUUGUGCUGCUGGACGUGCUGGCAGAGGGCUGCUGCUUUGCGGAGACCAAGGCCUCCUUCGAUGCUGCUGCUUUGUUUGAGGAAGAAGGGAUUCCAUUCGAAGGAUGGUACCGAUGGCUGGCAUCCUGCGAUCCCUUGGAUGUGGACGACCUCCUCAGUGGCACUCCUGGCGCAGUUCAUCUUCAGGAUGCAAGGCUGCGAUCGCUUCUGCACGGUGCUUUGGCCAAGGAGCCAAAGAGCAGAUUGUCAGCCGAGCGGCUGUAUGACAAGCUCCUUGAAAUCUCCACCUCGCCCGGGCGUCCUGCGGUGGAGCGAGUCUUCCGUGCAGUAGGCGAGGCAGAGCCCGAGCAGUACUCCACGGAUGCGUUGCUGGAAGUGAUGAUUCUGGUUGGAGUGGCGCCGAGGGAAGCCAACCGCAUCUUAGAGGCUUUGGAUCGCCAGCUGGGCCGCCGAACCUUGUCGUACACCGCCUUCCUCGACUUUUUGUAUCAGUGAAUUCGGGUUGAGAUGGGCACGUCGCAGGAUUCCAGAGGAAACCUCAGGACGUCCCAGACGUCGGGACCCACAUUUUGCAUGAUUGGGCAUUCGUGCUCAAGUGCAAGCUGAAAUUGUUAGACCUUGGCCGCUAGAGUUGCAAGAUAUACAAUUUGCAAUUGGACAAAAAUAACUCUGGAAUAGUUUCUGU